AGCUUCUAGCGCUACCACCACUAUUUCGUAAACUCAUCUGUUGUUGUUACUGCUGUUUCUUAAUCUCUUCCAUCGUUGACUUUGUUUUGUGGUGUACCGCCGACGACAACUCACCCCGCCAUCUAUCGAACGCGCCUUAUCACACCCCUUCGUGACUGCACAGCCUGCCACCACGGCUAGAGAGAGGAGCAAUCUUUUCGAAGACGAAAGCAAAACUGUAAACAUGGCGGACCCACGCGCGGCGAAGAAGUUCCCUGUGUCGCCUGCCUCCACGGCGGGUAACAGUGAAAUGAACAAGGUGUUCAUGCGUCAGUCCGCGUGCAAGGACAAGACGCAGCUGAAGCUUUCCAUCGGCGACCCUACCUUCGACGGAAAUCUCAAGACGACGGCGGUGGCUUUGAAGGCCUUUGACAAAAACGCUGGCAUCGCCACCAAGUACAGCUAUCAGCGUACAUGGGGCAUGCCGACUGCCUGUAACGCGGCGGCGGAGUGGUGGGCAAACAACUUUGCGACGGAAAACCAAACGGCCGUCAAGGGCGAGAACGUGGUACUGACGACGGGUGGCGCAGAGGCUAUCAUCAGCAGUAUCACCGCGCUGUGCAACGAGGGCGACAACAUACUCAUUCCUGCGCCGGGAUUUCCAGCCUACGCCUUCUGCUGCCGCACCUUCAGCAUUGAAGAUCGCUUUUACAACCUCCAGCCGGAAAAGAACUGGGAGCUCGACCUGGACGAGAUUCGCCGCCUCGUCGAUGACCGCACACGGGCCAUCGUGCUAAACAACCCGUCCAACCCGUGCGGCAGCAACUGGAGCCGCCAACACGUCGAGGACAUCGUGCGGCUGUGCGAGGAGCUGAAGCUGCCCAUCAUCUCCGACGAGAUCUACUGCGGCAUGGUCUUCACUGGUCAGGUCUUCACGUCAGUCGCGCAGUUCAAGUCGCCCGUGCCGCGCUUUAUCAUCUGCGGCCUCGCCAAGAACUUUAUGUUACCCGGUUGGCGUGUGGGGUGGGUGUUGCUGAUCGACGAGGCGGGCUACGCUGCGGAUGUGCUGAAGGGCAUGCACAACCUCUCGAUGCACACGCUGGGGCCCAACGCGAUCGCGCAGCACGCGAUGCCGGAGAUACUGAAGAACACCCCGAAGGACUACUACGCGCGCAACAUGAUGGAACUAGAGACCAACGCGAAGCUGUUCGUGGAGGGCCUGCGCAGAUGCCACGGCCUGUCAUGCGCGGAGCCGCAAGGUGCGCUGUACAUCAUGGUGAAGGUGCACUUCGAUCAGUUUAAGGACUUCACGAAUGACGUGGAAUUCUACAAAGCACUGGAGGACGAGGAGAACGUGCAGGUGGUGCCGGGGACGUACAUGUUUAUGCCAGGCUUCUUCCGCGUGUGCUUCGUGCGGGAGCGCAAGGUGAUUGAGGAGGUGAUGGAGCGCCUUCCUGCUUUCUGCGAGCGUCACCGCAAGUGA